UACCUAGGCAACCUUUGGAAAACAAACUUUUUUUCGAGUUGGGAAAAUCCAAAAAAUCAUUCACAAUCAACGAUUCCAUUAUGGAGGACUGGAAGAUAACGCCGGAGGAGCUUAUCCGACUGCGGGAGAGCUGUCUUCAGUGCAUCCGCGAUGGAGAACUCUACGAGCUGCGCAAUGAUGCCAAACUAAGGGCUGUUUAUAGCUCCCAAAACUACGAGGAAUUCAAGGAUAUAGUGGAUGCUGCUCAUCUUCGUCCAGUUACCAGAAGGGACAAGGCCAAUGCCCAGACCAAGAACCGACUAUGGAAUUCGGCCGCCCGCGAGAAGAAGAAGGCCGCCCAAUAAAGAAGAAAGCAACGAGUUGAGUUAUAAUCA